AUGGGGCCGCUGCGGCCGGCGGCGACGACCAGCAGCAGCAGCAUGCGGAGCCCGACCAGAGGGGCGAGGUGGUCCCUCGCCGCCUUCUCCGGCUGGAUGCAGCUCGGCGACACGCACGCCAUGCUUGGCCGCAUGGACGAGUCCAUCGCCUGCUAUGGCAAGGGCCUCGAGAUCCAGAUGGCUGCGCUCGGCGAGCGCGACCCCGCGUCGCCGAGACCUGCAGCGAAUGUGCAAGCUCUGCAGUUCGACGAGGCAGAGAAGCUAUGCCGCGAAGCCCUCGAGAUCCACCGGGAGCACAGCGCUCCGGCAUCCCUCGAGGAGGCCUCGGACCGCCGCCUGAUGGCCCUCAUCCUGGACGCCAAGGGCUCAAGAAUCCUUGGUAGACUACAGAAGUUGCAUGUUCUCAAAUUGAAGAACCUUGAGCUUUUCAGCAUGACCAGUGGAAGUUUGCAGGUGAAUCGGAAGUACAGGAUAGCACCUAGUUCACCACGCUUAGAGGGCCGAAGCCCCAAGAUGCUGCUGCUGGAGCUGAAGCAGAAAUCAGCUCCAAUUCUUCUUGGACUCUUGAAAAAGGUGAAGAUCAAUGCACCUCAUUUCUACCCUCAGUCCUUAAGAAAAGGGUCACUCUUCUUUUUAUUGCCCAACUGCCACAGUUUAGCUCAUCAAUCAUCGUUGCAUUCACUUUUUCCAGGAAGCAUCAGGGCUUGCAAGAAAGCUGCACUGGAGUGUGAUGAAGCGAAAUUUGAACAAUACAAGGUGGCUGCUGGCGAUCGUAUCACGGCAGAGAUCAUCCAGUCCGUAGAGAGCUGCUUUGAGAAGAUUAGAGGACUAGAGAGCUAG